GCCACGUUGAUCGCCAGUGUACAAUACACUCUCAGCAGAGGGGCAUGCAUCGCAACACACACGCUUGCACGCACAACAUCCGAAUUUGUUUUGAGCAGCUGGCACAGGCUCAGCACGGGCACGAAGGGGAAAUAGACGAAAGCACUUGCGACUCCACUCACUACAUUUUGUGAGCUCUUCGUGAGCGAUUGCGUGUGCUGGGGUGUUAAACAUACACAUUUCUUGUUGCUCUUCCUGAAUCUUCUCUUUGUCUGUUUUACUCGCUUUGCAGUGGAAGUUUAGGUGCGGCAUUCCCGUUUUCCGUGAGUCCUCCGCGGCUUAUUUCGAUUAGUGCCACCGUCGUGUUUUCUUCUGGUUUUUUUUUUUGCAAAAGAGGAUUUUUUCUCUAGAAGUUUUUUCGCCCGACAGCGCACAACCGGAGCGUUGCACCGUCCCUGUUUGCAUUUCGUGUCGCUUCUCCCCGCGACAGAAGGUAAGGAAAUAAAGAGUAUACGCGCUGCUGCUUUGUAGCGGCAGAGUCUGUGGUGGAGGAAGAUUGCCGCAGUGUUUCGUAGCGGGUCGCCAUCAUGGAGGAGGAUUUGGCCUACAAAAUAAUUGUCAUCGGAAGCGUGAGUGUGGGCAAGAGCAACAUCACCUCCCGCUUCUGCGACAACGCUUUUUACCCUGAUUUGGUCCCCACGCUGGGGAUGGACUUCAAGUAUAGCACCUGCAAGACCCUCGAGAAGAAGCCGCGGUGUGUGCGACUGCAGGUGUGGGACACGAGCGGGCAGGACGACUUCGUGACACUCACCACUGCCUUCUACCGCAACUGCCAGGGAGCGCUGCUCUGCUUUGACCUCACAAAUAGGCCCUCCUUCGAGGACUUGGAUCAGUGGUACGAGCGGUUAGAGCGGUACUCGCCGUCCGUGCCGCCACUGAUUCUCGUGGGCUGCAAGUUAGAUCUGGUGGAGAGCCGGUUAGAUGAGCAAGGCGAGGGUAUCGUCCUUGGCAGCCACCGCCAAAUUGCGAAGAGCGAGGCCGACGCGUGGGCGCGGCACCACGGCUGUCUGUGCUACAUCGAGACCAGCGCCAAGGAGAACACGAACGUGUCACAGGCGUUUCAGCAGCUCGCCACGUACGUCGCCUCGGCGGCCAACCCGGGGGCCAAAAAUGCAGGACGCACCAUAGGUCCCGGCGGUCGCCCCCUGAAGGAAAGCAGCGCGAAUCCCGCGGCGAAGAAGUCGUGCUGCUCCAGUUGA